AUGGUAAAUUCAAGGACAAAAGUUCAAAAUCCAGGACAUUUAAGGACAUUUCAGGACAUUUCCAGGAAUUCCAGGACUUCAAGGACCAGUAUUGUUUUGCUACAAAAGCUUUGGCUGAGAAAGCUCAAUUGGGAUGAUGAUCUCCCUACGGACUUAACGCAUGAAUGGAACGAAUUUUGUUCCAAACUUUCAUUCUUAUCGCAAAUUUCAAUUCCAAGACGGAUUGACCGAGGUGCUGAUUUUUGUCAAAUUAAAAUUCAUGGUUUUUCGGAUGCAUUCAGUGUCGCUUAUGCUGCAUCCGUUUAUUCAAGAAUUAUUUCACCCUCUGGAUCUAUCUCAGUUAAACUUCUCAUGGCAAAAACAAAGGUUCCUCCAUUAAAAACCGUUAGUAUCCCUCGAUUAGAGCUGUGUGCUUCCACGCUUUUGGCUAAACUCGUAAGUUAUGUAAUUGAUUCUUUGCAUUUGAAGGAUAUUCCGGUAUUUUGUUGGACGGAUUCAUCUGUGGUUCUUGGUUGGUUACAGCAGCAACCAGUAACCUGGACAGUAUUUGUGGCCAACCGGGUAUCCGCGAUUCAAACCACAUUGCCUACCGCGAUUUGGAAUCAUGUUCAGUCAAAGGACAACCCUGCAGAUUGUGCCUCUCGCGGUAUGUCAGCUGAUAAGUUAGCCUCAUUCUCAUUGUGGUGGAAUGGGCCAGAAUGGCUUUCUGAUCAUUCGGACACUUGGCCACAACGUAAUUUCAAAAUUAUUGACCCUGUACUCGAGAAACGUAUAUCUUCGCAUUCGACUGAAAUUAAGGAUAGAGAAGACUGGCAUUCGUCCUUUUUAAAACUUUAUUCGUCAUGGGCUCGUCUAUUACGUAUUACUGCGUAUGCAUUACGAGCAAUUCAGCAUUUUAAAACUAGAGCCGUCUUUUCCAAAGCAUUAACCGCAAAUGAAAUUUCAGAUUCCGCCGUUUUUUGGAUUCGAUACAUCCAAAAUACCUUUUUUUUCUCGUGA